CAUGCUGCUGCUCCUCCUCCUCCUCCUGAUAUUAUCUAGUAUCAUUUCUUCCCUCCUUCUUUGUCUCUCUCUGACCUCCUCACAGCUCCACGUCGCUCCAUACUUGCUUCGUCUCUUAAGAAGACCACAGCUGAGUUUUCCAGCACAGCACCAGGAGAGUUUAUGAACCAACUUUAGGCAAAGAGGACAGAAAGCAAAAAAGGAGGGGAGACGGGGGGAGGGAGGAAAUCUGAAAGUGAGCCAAGCUUUUGCAAGCAAGUCCUGGUGCUAAACCUGCUGCUUUCAGAGACCAGGAGGGGAAGAACCUUGUUUGGUGGAGAGGGGAAGGACAAAAGAAACUUGAAACUGGCUUUCCUUGUGGCAUGUUGGUCCUGAACAACCCCCCCUCCCCACCCCCUGCUCGUUAAAUGAAAGCACCUGAGCAACACGAGAUUGCCUGCGUGAGAGGGAGGGCUGGUGCUGGACUGGGUGAGGGAGCAGAAAGGCGACUUGUGGCUUUGUGGUGUGGCUUACACUGAGAUCAGAGCUAGCGUGCCUGGGGGUGGGAGCAGAAGGAGAAAGGGCACCUGAUGCCAGCUGCCAAUAUGACAGAAACCCUGCAGCUCCCUGCCCUGCAAGUCCCAGAGCAGCAGGUGGUGGAGGGCAGCCGUGCCUGGUCCAGCUCAUCCACCCCCACCCUGCGCAGGAAGCGCUUCAAGAUGAGGCGGAUGAAGAAUGUGCAGGAGCAGAGCCUGGAGGCCGGCAGUUAUCAGGAUUCUCCUUCCUCCAGCAAGGAAUACCUGCAGCUCCCAUCCAUUGAGAUCACUCCCUCCAGUGAUGAGGACACUCCCUGGUCCAACUGUUCCACACCCAGUGCCUCCCCGCGCCGCAAGCGCUUCCUUCUGCGGAAGUGGCUGCGUGUCAGAGAGAAGAAGGAGUGCAGUGAGAGCAGCAGCCAGCAGAGCAGCCAGCAGAGCAGCCACGAUGACGACUCGUCCCGAUUCUUGAGCCCUCACACACGUGACGACAGUACUGCCAGUAACUCAAACCGCAGCACGCCUGCCUGCUCCCCCAUCCUGCGCAAACGCUCCCGGUCCCCAACACCGCAGGACUCCCAAGGAGACACCAUGGUGGAAAAAGGCUCAGACCACUCGUCAGACAAAUCCCCUUCCACGCCGGAGCAGGGUGUACAGCGGAGCUGUUCCUCUCAGUCAGGCCGCAGCGGGGCCAAGAACUCCAAGAAAAGCCAGAGUUGGUAUAAUGUAUUGAGUCCGACCUACAAACAACGGAAUGAAGAUUUCAGGAAACUCUUCAAACAUCUUCCUGACACGGAGCGCCUCAUCGUAGAUUACUCAUGUGCGCUACAAAGAGACAUUCUCCUGCAGGGCCGCCUCUACCUCUCUGAAAACUGGAUCUGCUUUUACAGCAACAUCUUCCGCUGGGAGACGCUGCUGACAGUUCGCUUGAAGGAUAUCUGCUCGAUGACCAAGGAAAAAACAGCACGGCUCAUUCCUAAUGCCAUCCAAGUUUGCACUGACACUGAAAAGCACUUUUUUACUUCCUUUGGGGCUCGAGACAGGACGUACAUGAUGAUGUUCAGACUCUGGCAGAACGCUCUCCUUGACAAGCCUCUCUGCCCAAAGGAGCUCUGGCACUUUGUCCACCAGUGUUAUGGGAAUGAGCUGGGUCUGACCAGCGAUGAUGAAGAUUAUGUGCCUCCAGAUGAUGAUUUCAACACAAUGGGUUGUAGCUGUACAGAGAGGUGUAAACAUAAAAACCUGUGUUCUCUGUGGCGUCUCAGCUACUGUGAAGAAAUUCCCGUGGAAGAGAAUGAAGUCAAUGACAGCUCCUCAAAAAGCAGCAUGGAGGCCAAGCCAGAAGCUAGCCCUCAGCUGCCAAAGAAAUCAGUAACUGCCAGCACACUGACAUCCACAGGGAGCAGUGAAGCACCAGCCUCAUUUGAUGGGGUGCUACCAGAAGAGGAGGAGGCGGUAGCAGAGAGUCCUGUGGAAAAAGACCUUGGCAUUGCAAAUAUCAUGGGAGAGAAGAUAGAGAUCAUUGCCCCUGUGAACUCCCCUUCCCUGGACUUCAAUGACAAUGAAGACAUUCCCACUGAGCUCAGCGACUCAUCUGAGACCCAUGAUGAAGGUGAAGUCCAGGCAUUUUAUGAGGACUUGAACGGCCGUCAGUAUGUGAAUGAAGUGUUCAACUUCAGCGUGGACAAACUGUAUGACUUGCUUUUCACGGACUCCCAGUUCCAGAGGGACUUCAUGGAACAGCGCCGGUUCUCUGAUAUUAUUUUUCACCCCUGGAAGAAGGAAGAAAAUGGCAAUCAAACCAGAGUGAUCUUGUAUACCAUUACCCUCACCAACCCUCUGGCUCCCAAAACUGCCACUGUCACUGAGACACAGACAAUGUACAAAGCCAGCCAAGAAAGCGAGUGCUAUGUCAUAGAUGCAGAGGUGCUAACUCACGACGUCCCCUACCAUGAUUAUUUCUACACCAUUAACCGCUACACACUGACUCGUGUUGCCAGAAACAAAAGCCGACUCAGGGUUUCCACAGAGUUACGUUACAGGAAACAGCCUUGGGGGCUGGUAAAAUCCUUCAUUGAGAAGAAUUUCUGGAGCGGCCUGGAAGAUUAUUUCCGUCAUUUAGAAAGUGAACUGACCAAAACAGAGAGCACCUACCUGGCUGAGGUCCACAGACAAUCCCCCAAAGAGAAAGUGAGCAAGCAAUCAACAGUCCGCCGGAGGAAACGGGCCCAUGCCCAUCUGCGGGUGCCACACUUGGAGGAGGUGCUGAGUCCUGUCACCACCCCCACGGAUGAGGAGGUUGCUCACCGAAUCAAACAUGUGGCAGGUUCCACACAGACACGGCACAUCCCUGAGGAGAGCCCCAGUGGCUUCCACCUGCAGAGCGUUUCCAAGCUGCUCCUUGUCAUCAGUUUUGUCCUGGUGUUGCUGGUCAUUCUCAAUAUGAUGCUGUUCUACAAACUGUGGAUGUUGGAGUAUACCACCCAGACACUCACAGCAUGGCAGGGCUUGCGGCUACAGGAAAGGUUACCCCAGUCACAGACAGAAUGGGCCCAGUUACUAGAAUCUCAGCAGAAGUAUCACGAUUCAGAGCUACAAAAAUGGCGUGAGAUCAUCAAAUCCUCUGUGAUGCUUCUAGACCAGAUGAAGGAUUCACUAAUAAAUCUCCAGAAUGGCAUCGGGUCUCGGGACUUCGGGUCAGAUCCAGAGGAGAAACGGAAACGUUUCCACUAACAGGCAGGAAUGCAGGAGGCCAGAGGACGGUGUGCAAUAUGUGUAAAUAGGAUAUAUAAAUAUAUAUAUAUAUAAAUAUAUAUACAGAAUAUAAAUAUAUAUAUUAUAUACAGAUUUUAAGAGGAAAAAAAAAAGAAAAAAAAGCCUACGUACCGAGAGGAAGGACUGACCUCCAACACUGGCUGAAAUGGAGAGUCUCAGUGGUAGUGUGGGGUGUGUGUGUGCGUGUGUGUGUGUGUGUGUGUAUGGGAGGGCUGUGCUCUCCUGGCACUGAGGUGCACUUAGGGAUGCACCCAAGUGUGCUACCCUGGGCCUGUUUGCACCACUGUUCUGUAAUAUUCCUGGCUGUUUGUCUGUCUGUUUUGUUUCUGUCGUUUCAAAGGGAAGCAUCAGAGUGAAUGCCCCUCCCCUCCCUGUGCAUGAAGGUCCCUGACUGACGAUCUGUAUCUACACAUAUAAAGGGAACACUGUCAACUUUCUUACCUUGCUGGCUUCAGGGCAGAGAGGUUUUGGCAAUCACCGUCGAUCCCUUACAAAAUGAUCCCCCAUUUGGAGAGGAGCCUCCAGAGGAAUUGCUGUAGGUCUGUGGAGAGCGGGUCUCCCUGGCAAUCAUCUUCUACGUCUCUUGGAGCAGAAAUGCAAUUUGCUGCCAUGCUGGCCAGCCUGGUUCAGAGAGCAAAGCACAGAAUGUAAAUGAGCUUGAAAUGCUUUCUCCAAACACUUGGUUUGCCUCCUCCUGUAAUUGAUAGUGCAUUAACAGCCAAGGAGAGGGCAGGGAGCAGGAGUAUCUGCCCACACGGUGCUUGGAGGAAGGAGAGCCACACUGCAGAAAGCACACUUCCAUUUCUUUUGACAGUGUCCCCUUUACUUUUGCUGUGGUUCUCUGCUUUCUGUGUGCUUGGGCCCCUGCCGUUAAGCCAUCCCUGUGCUGAAGAUCUACAUUGGUGCUGAUAAGGGCUGCCUGUGGGACUUCUCACAACAGGGAGAGUGCCCCAACUCCAAAAGAAAACCAAAAUGAGUAUUUAUAUGUGAGCACUCCUUCCUGCCAAGCUGUGUGCUAUUAGCACAACGUGGAGUGGGAGAGCUAAGGAAGCAGCAGAACUGUUCUUGCUGUCCUGCUUGGUAGAUUUACCUCUCAUCCCUGGUCUGCGAGAUCCUUUUGCUCGUACCUCUUAGCUCUCAUCUUUACUUCUGAGCUAUGUAGGAAACAAAUUCUUUUCCUUCAGCGGUGACAGCAAAAAGGAUAUCUUUGCUUUUGAUACUUACAUGCCUGCAUCUACAGCUGCACGGCCUCCGUCAGCCUAGGAGAGAUAAGGAAGGGCCCCAGGGAAUAAAAAGGACAGAAAAAGUCCAGCUAAGGAGUGUGGGAUAGACAUGGGUGAUACCCACAGUGCAAGGUAGUGAUUGGGAUCUCUCCUAAGCUAGACAGCACUGCGUUGGCUCUCUAAGCAAGUCAGGUGGCAGACCUGCAUUAAAGAAAUAGUAUGCAUUUUUACUUCUCCUAGGGCAUUUCUCCAGAUUCCUAUUAGCAGCCACAUGAGGGGAGAGGGACUGUGCUCUGGGUAGGAUGGGGGCUGCAGGAGUAAGCAAUUAAUAAAUGCCUUCUCAUCUUACCCAGCCCGGUAGGUUAGGUGAUGUGCUGAAGUCUCCAUCUUUGUCCAGAACCUCUGUUCAGAAGCAGGCCAUGUCCACCUCCUAGAUGGCAGGGAGGAGUCAGCUGUGUGUUCCCCACAAGAAAUGGUGCAGGUCUCAUGUGUCCGUUGGUCUCUAGCUCUAAUUGGCACUGAAAGAGCAGGGGACAAAGGUGAGUGUUUUUUGCAUCUUCAUACAGCAGGAACACAAAUCCACACAGCUGGGGAAAACCCUCACAAGCUUCAGCAUAUGGAGCCCAACCAAUGGCAAGGUACCACUGUUAGAAGUAACCUGCUGAUUUCUCCCAGCCUGCCUAAUAAUUUAAUGACCAAACACUAGACACAGUAUGAGCUAGAGAAGAAGACUGACAAACAGGUUACUGAAUGCACUUAAAAGACUGUGAAAGCAAGGUACAAUUGGCAAUGCCUCGAGAACUAGGGAGUAACUUGCAUUUAUGACUGUUUCAUUUCAUGCUGCUGACUACUGUGAUGCUCCCUGACUUUUUCCAGGGAUGCUGCUGAAAUGGCUGCUAUACAAUGAAUCUGAGCUGCUAGAGCCUGAGAAGGGCAUCCUGCUGCUCUUCACCUUGGAACCAGGGGGCCCCAGUUCCCUGCUGCUGCCUUGCCACACUGGCUGAGGUGCUCCUUCACCAGUUGCCAAAGCACAGAAAAAUGCUUUGCAGCCCAUCUUGCCCUCUUUUAGUAUUUAAUUCCAUAGGGUAGGAAAAAAUAAAGAGAGAGGAAGGCCUGUGUUUGCUGCCUAGCCAGAAAAGAAAAUGCAAGAGAAAGAAACCUGGAAUGGGGGUCUCGGCAGCAUGGCCAGCAAACUUCUGUACAUGCACAAACAUAACCCAGCAGAGGACAGAAAGGGUCCAAAAUAAAUGCCAGUAGCUAGAGCUGCCUGCUUACCAAAUCUGACAUUCUCCUGCUAGUUAUGGAGGCAAGAAAUCCCUUUGCUCAUUGGUGCAUCCUCCUUUCUCUGCAGCAUCUCCACAGACCGCGGUGAUUCUGGCUGUUCCCACUGGUACAGCUUCCUUGGGCUUGGGGACAAAUUAAUGUUACACACAGGCAGCUGUUCAUUAGCACUACUGUUCAUUUUACCUGCAGAUUAAACUGAGUUUAACAUGUUUGACAUAAAUAAUCUGUCCAGCAAGUGGAGCUGGUUUGGAUGUGCUGAAUUUUGGCAGCUACAAAAGAGACUGUCAAAGAAACAUGGCUCCAGCCAAAUGUGAGCAUUCAUGCCAACAGAGUGGCCUGAUUUGUGCCAAGUAAGAUGCUACCUAGCAGCAGGAGGGAGAUGACGAAGCUCUACUUGCCAGUUUGUCUAUGUCACCUGCUUCUGUAGGAGAAUACAUCACUAAUCCUAGCUUGAUAGGAUUUUAAUAAACACAUACCUUUUAAUGAUUACCUAAAAGGAAAUGUUUGGAUUAUGGCAUCUGGGAUGAGCUCAAGGUGGAUUUGAGCACUUUCCCCAUCAGACAGACCGUUUGUUUCAGGAGCUCACCUGGAUGUAGAUGGGGACAGACUUCAGCCUGCUCAUCCCCUCAGCACAAAACUAUAUAGCCUACCCAUAUAUGCUUUUACCCACCUUUAUAGGAGCCAGUAGAAAGUUCACUUUCCAAUUUACAACUGGGAAUACAGUGCCAGUACUUAAGAUGAGACCUUUUGGAUAUGCUCUGCAAUGAUUUCUGUGACAGGUAGGCCUGCAAUACACUAAAGCUGAGUAGAAGAAACAUCUGCAAGCCUCAUAUUUUGGCUGCAUGUAAGAAGUGCUACUCAGAAGUGCACAUGUGCAGGCUGUGCUGAGUGCAGCCCUUCCUUGUCACAUGGCCUUUAUCCCUCUUCCUUUCCUGCUAGCUUUCCCUUCUCAGAUCUGUAUUUCAGAAGCACCUGUAUAGAGGAGACAGAGCAGCCUGCAGCUUGUACCCCCCCCAGCACCAGGAAAGAGCUCCAGGCUGAGGUGGUUCUCUCCAUACUACUCAAGAGUGGGAAAACUUUUGGGACUCUUCUUCCUCUUGGGUUCAUUUACAUAGAGUUGAUUUACAUCAAGUUAGAAUGCGAGUUCACACGUAUACAAACCCCUCUGUGAAUGCUGGCCUCCAGGUCUAUUGCAGUGACCUGGGAAGAGGCUCUGACCCCAGUAGGUAUUCCUUCUUACCAUGUGGCUAACUAACAUGCUGAGUCCUACUCUGCUACCACUGCAAAGAAACCAUGCUCUUCUCUGUAAGAACCUCCCUAGUUGCAUUCCCAUGCUUGCUCCCAGGUGAGGUAUGUACCAAACUAACCAUUUUCCAGCAUACAACCAGGCAGCUCUAAGUUUCCUUUUCCCAACCAGAACAACAGGCUGACAACUUUCUAAUUUAAAAGCUAUAAAUUUCUGGUUCCACAGAAUGCUGAAAGUGGCACAGAGCUGAAGCUGCAGUGCUUGGUGCUCGCAGCACUGCUGGCUCGGGGCAGGAAGGGCAAUUCUGUCAUGUUUCUCAGGGCAGCUGGCAGAACUGCGUUGGCAAAACUUUGAGGUAUGUGCUCACAGGGUCUGCUGCCAUUGAGAGGUUUUGUGGUGGGGUCGUGUAGAUUCUGGCUUGGUCUUUUCAGUCUCAGCACUAGUUUAAAUAUCCAGCAGGGGCUUGCUUAAAAACAAUACUCAAAACAGAGACUCUUAAACCAAAGCACCCGAGGUAAGUAGCUUGCAAAACAUUCGUGUCAGCGUAGUUGCUGAGGUGUAACUGUGCUGCCUUUUUGGCCCGUUCCCUCUGCCUGGCAUGCUCUGAUCUCUGUGCUUUGCACCCUCCCCUGCACGAGUCUCUUUGUGCCAUAAUACCUUUCUUUUUUAGAUGUGCACACUGGCCAAAUAAUAUCCUCAUGUCUUUACUGACUGCCGACUGAGAUUAUUCCCUGACCUAGCCAGACAGCAUGGGCUUCAACCUCUGCAUGGAUCCUGGUGUGCCAUGCUUCCCUCUCCCACACCUUUCGCAGCACUUGCUAUGGCUUUUCCCUCUCCCACCACACACCUCUGCUGCCAGACAAUCAUUCCCUUUGUCAUGGAUGGACUGACCUGGUGCUGUCCCUGCUUGCCUUCCCUUGAUGCUGUCUGUUUGCCCUUUAAGCGAAUGUGUUUUGUUUGUUUCCUUAUUUUAUUUUUCAGUAGGGAAAAGACUUCCUUCUGUGGAAGGAGUGAUAUUUGCACAUGGCUCAGGGAGGUAACCUCCUCUGGCCGUUUCUGUUACCUCACUCAUGUAGGCCAAUUCCAUUGCUAACGUUAAAUGGCCACCCUUCCCCAGCCCAAACUCCAAGAAUUGGUAGGGAAUAAAAUGUGCAGCUCAGGUUCUACAGCUGCUUGGUCGUGUCUCAGUCUCGGCCCAAACUGCCCCAGCAGCAUUAGGAGGUGGGAGAACGGCUGUUGCAAAACAGCUCUACCCAGCAAAGAGGUGGAGCCUGCGCCACACACGUGCAUUCCAGUCUUUGCAAGCCCACCUCCCUUGAAAUAGCACUUAGCAGAGCAGAUACAGCAGCACUAACCUGGCUCUUGGCCCAAUGAGCUCAGAGCAGAGAGAGGAGCAGCAGAACCAUCGCAGCGUACAUCUCUGACCACCAGGACUGGCACUGUGUGGCUGUGGCACCUCUGGGACGUCGUCACUCUCACAGCAGUUCAUCUCAUCACACGCUCCAGGGCUGGGUAAUGCUGCUAAACACCCUGGAGUGUGUUCUGCCCACCUGAGCCCCAGAUCCUGCAACCCCCAAUUGCUGCCCUAAUGGCAGAUGAAUGAGGAUCUCCUCAUGUCAGCGAGGCGAGGGAACGGUCACACCGACACCCAUGGGUGUGCGCUUCCCUUCUGGAUAUCAGCACCCGGGAAGCAGAGGCUGUUGGCCACAGCCUGCAGCAGUGAUGUGAACUUCAGGGUGGGCCGGGGGAGGACCCGUGGUUUUGUUUUAGGAGUUGUUUAACUGUCAUCAGGUUUGCGCUGUGCGCAAAACGCGAGAAAAUGAUGAUGAAACUUACCUGCUAGAACCUAGGAACUGUAAAGGCUAUGCAGCCAAAACUCCAUGUAAGUAGCUAGAACAAUGGAAGUACGGUAUAAAUUAAACAAAAAAGUC